AUAUAAUGAUCUGGCUGCGGGGUAAAGAUGUAACAGUAAAGCUCCGAUUUAAUAUUUGAUUUUGACAAAAGGGAACAAGGACAGAGAUAUCCUCCAAGGCAGAAGAGGUAUAAUGGCACACGUUAUGAAAGAUUAUUGGCUACUGGACUCCUCAGUGCAAGACAUGGUUAUAGAAGCUCUCUGCCUCAAUCUAGCAGCGCUAUAUAUAUGUUCCACCACAUGCAUUCUUCUACACAAUUGUCUGAAACUUAGGAAGAAAACCAAUGAAAGGACACUUCUUUAACUCUUACUUCUGUCCUCAAGGUACACAAAAAUACUAGAAUUACCUGUCACAACAUGAGUACUCAAAUGACGAAGCAAAGAGAGUGGUCUCCAGAAGCACCAGAUGCAAAGUCUGAAACUUUAGCCUGCUCCCAGCCAUCCCAUCAAGCUCCAAAAAAGAAGAAGAACAGCAGCAACAAGAGCAAGAGGAGAUUCAGUGAUGAACAGAUUAGGUUGCUAGAGUCGAUCUUCGAAUCGGAGACAAAGCUUGAACCGAGGAAGAAGAUGCAGCUGGCGGGAGAACUCGGGCUUCAACCUCGCCAGGUUGCUAUAUGGUUCCAGAACAAGAGAGCUAGGUGGAAGUCAAAGCAGAUUGAGAAAGACUACAAGAUGCUGAAGGCCAACUAUGACAGCCUUGCAUCUAGUUUCGAGUCUUUACAGGAUGAGAGGCAGACCUUGCUCUUACAGUUGCAGACUCUAAACGCACUGGUGGAGAAAUCAUGGGAGGGAGAUGAUAACUGCAAGGGCUUGGAAGGAAGUCGCCAAGUCGCGGUAGCUUCAGAAGACAGAAACAUGUUCCAACCUCAACCUGCACAGCAAGGAGUAGAGAACAAAGUAUUCACAAGUUCACAGAGCUCACAAUUGGAUAAGACCAGAGGUUUUCUGCACCCGGGGUAUGAUGGGUACCAGCAGCUCGUCGACAAGGUUCAAGCUACAGAAGGUCCAUUACCACCAGGUUGUCAAUUUGACGUGUCUAAUGCAAGUUCACAAUGGUUCAACUUCUGGUGUUGAACGGCCAAAACCCAUAC